AUGGAACAAAACGAUAGUUCUCAACAAUCGCCCCGUUCUGAAUCGGAAUCUUUAUCGCUACCCAUGCCAGAUGACUCCAAAACGAAUAAAUCUGAAGAGAUAUCAGAACAUUUAUCAUUAAAUAACGACAGCAUCGAAAACGACCGAUCUUUUCAAGAAAUAGAAGUUUCUAAUGGUCAGAAUCUAUUUAAUUUAUCCCAAUUAGACGAUGUGUUACAUAUUUCUCAAGAAAAAAGUGCCUUAGACACCAGUUUACAUAGUGAACACAGUAUAAUAAGUUUAAACUAUUUACAAGACAUUGAGAAUCGAUAUUUAAAUAAAGUACCCGAAAAUGUAUUUCGAUUUGGGUAUAACAACUCGGACAGGGAAGAAAGUUUUAACAUUUUUGCCGAUUUAGAUCUGGACGAUAAGAGUUUAUCGAACUUGAAACCCAGUAGGGAUAUAAGUUUAGAUGAAAAGAACUUGUAUGCUACGAAUUUCGGUCUUAUUACUAGUGACCGUGAGUUGGAUAAAAGGAUUAAGGAUUUUGAAGAGCUUAUCACAAUAAAAGAUAACACCAUAGCUGCUCUAACUUUUGAAUUGGAUUCAAUAAAGGAAAAUAGCAAUGUUAACACAGGAAGCACAUUGUCUACUACAGAAUAUAAACAAAUCCAAGAUGAGUGGCAUACUAGGUUAUCGGAAUUUAACAGCGCCAUCAUUUACAAAAAUGAAUUGAUUCAGCAAUUGACAGAAUCUUUGGACCAAUCAGUGAAAGAGAGAAAAGAAAUGUUGGAACAAAUCGAAGAGUUCAAAAAUGUGAUUGCCGACUUGCAAUCGAAAAUUCAAGAUUCCGAACUCAGAAUGGUAGCAGAAGAACCUAGUCUUACUAAAACAGACGAAACUCAUAUAAAUAUCGAUAAAAUUGAAACAAAAUCUGAUGCAGUAAAUAAAAAUUUAUCUAAAGAAUAUUUAAAUCUGGAAGAAACUUUAGAUUCUUUACAACGUAAAUUACUGUUAGAGUUGAAGGCGAAAUUUGACAACGUCCUGUGCGAAACUGUUGGAAAAAAUAAUGAAAUGUAUGAAAAUGAAAUAAAGAAAUUAAAGGAUAAUACGGCAAUAGAAAAAGAAGAUUUCGAAGCGGAAAUUACUAAGCUCCGAAAUCUGUUGGACGAUUUUAAAUCGGGCUCCGCACGCUUGAUGGACAUCAAAAGCGAACUGGAAGCCAAACAUGAGCAAGAAAUGGAAAAAUUGAGGACGUAUUUUGAAAGAAAAUGCGUCGAUUUGGAGAAAAACUACUCAGAGGAGAUAUUCAGCCAACAUAGUCGGAAAAUGUCUAGCUCUAGCUGUUCGGAGGGUGAACUCAAUUCCGAUUUGCCCUAUUCGCACAUCGCCGGUCCGGAGGGGGAUGGCUUGCACGGUUUUCAAUCGAAUCUGAGCAAAAAGGACGUGAUCAAUUUACAAAAUGAACUUAAUAGCAUUAUUAAUAAGAUAAGCAAAUGCGAUUUGGAUAAUAUGAGCGACGAAGAUUUUUCGAAUUUAAAAUUGGAAAUAUGCCGAUCCGAUCUCAAAAGUUUGCUCAAAUUCGACGCGGCAUCGUCGAAAUCUAAACAUCACAAGGAACGUGACGCCGAAAAACAGCAUCCCGACGUCAGUUCCGCCGUACAAGAAGUGGGAAGUUCUGGGGAAUUUGAAAUUUACGAAGUGAUCCAAAGUUACGAGAGAAGAUUGCAGGAACAAGUCACUCUAGCUAAAAUAGAUAUUAUUUCGGCAUUUGAAUUGCAAAUACAGCGUCUGGCUUCUAACGAAGCGAAUGACGACGAAUGGCCUAGUGAGCUUCUCAAACUGAGAGAUCGAUUCACGGAAAAGUACGAAGCUCAAAUCGAACAUUUGAUCCAAGAGCACCGAAUGGAAACUGAAAAACUCAAAGAGGAACACCUUAAAGUGUUAAACGGCGUCCUGGAAAGGGCAAAGAGAAGGAGUUUAAGAGACGAAGAUGGUCUGGGUAAAGGAGAAAUUCAACUCCUGAAGGAAAGAGACUCCCUCAAGCGCCAAGUUACGUCGUUGCGCAACCUCUUGGGCGAACUGGUGAAAUAUUUUACGCAAUGCGAGGACGAACUCAACAACACUCUGGUGGACGAGUUGUUGAAAUGCGGUUUCGAUAAGAAUUUGUCGCAGACGACCGAGGACGAAUUGAAUUUGACCAAUUCGAGUUCGUCCAAAAAUAGUGAUAGCGCUUUGAUCGUCACUCGCGUCCAUCUGAUACCAAACGUCACCGAUUUGAUUAACAUUAUCGAAAGCAGUUCGACCGAAGAUGGGGAUUCUAAGGAUAUAUCGAUGGAUUUGAAAAACGAACUGGAAGUAUGCUUGGAAAAGCUAAAACAAGAGGCUAACGCCGUACUGACGCUGACCAACAACGUCAGACAUCCAGGCGAAUGUAACGAAACGAAAAAUUCACAUCUAGAGGAACAGCUAAAUUCCCUGGCGAGAAAACUCGUGACCGAAACUCAAGCCAAAGAUGAAUUAAAAACGAGACUGGAUGAAAUCCAAAUGUACGUAGAAAGUUUGGAGAAGGAAAAGGAACGAUUGGAUGCCGAGUUGGAGGUGGUAGUGGCCAAAGAGAACGCUUUGGAGGACGAUCUGUCGACUGCCAGAAGCCAGAUUGCUGAGUUUUUAGAAAGCGGUCGUAAAGAGAUAGUGUCAGAGGAUUACGGCGAGCAGGGAUUGCAGAUGCAGAGUUUGGGGGACACCAUGAAAGUUCUUUCCGAUCUACAAGAACGGGCUAGGAAUUUGUUAUCCCAAACGAGAUCAAGCGCCGAUCCUAGUUUGUUGCAGCUGAUUGAAGAGCUUUGCAGAGUGGGUGAAAAAGUCAAAGACGAAUCGAAAAAGGAUCGUUACGAUCUUCUUCGUCAGAUAGAAGCGGCCGAUAAAAAAUACAGGACGACCCAACAAUUCCUGGAAGAACAAGCUAUGGAACGAGAACAGGAAAGAGACGAAUCCCAGAAGACGAUCGACGACUUGUAUAAUCAGCUGAAAGAAAGGGAUAAGGAUAAAAUCGGUCGUGAAAGAGCUACAUCGGAGGUAAAUGGUGUUUGUACUAAAGCUACACAUAGAUUCACGCUUUUGCAGGUGGAACGCCUCGAGCACCAGCUGCAAGAGAAAGCCGCCCUUCUGGCCGCUGCCGUCCGCAAAUCGAAAGAAACGGAAACCGAACGAAACGAAGCCGUGGAAAAGAUCCAAAUACUGCGCGAAAUUAUCCGCGAAUUGGAAACGCAGACGGAAUCUAAGUCAAAGGAGAUCGACCAGUACGUCGAGGCGGUCAAAAAGUUGCAAUGUAUCGUCGAACAGCAGGACAGAGUAAGUGAGGCGGUGUCGGGAUGCUCAACUAGAAAUGUUUCAGAUGUCGAGGAAUUGUACAAGCACGUCGAGCACUUGGAGAACGAGUUGCAAACGUUGAGGUUGCACGCCGAGUUGGCGGGAAACGAGGGGGGCCAUCAAGCAGUUUAGGACGCAGUUAUAUGAAAUCGAGUGCCAGGUGGACAGAAAAACAAAAGAAUUAGAAACUCUUCAUUCAACGGCUAGUACAAAUUGCAGUUCCCCAUCGGAGGACGUCUCGGCCAGAGAAUUGGUUUUACCCAAGAGUCCGAAAAAGAUGGAAGAAUGUGAAGUGCCUUUGCAGCAGCUGGCCAGGCUCAAAGAGAAAUUAAUCAGGCAUUCCAGAGCAGAAGAUGCAGCUAUGAAGCGAAUAAGAGAUCUGGAAAUGCAAGUUUUUCGUCUGAAACAAGAAAUUGAGGAAACGACCGGCGAACGUGACUACAUGAAGAAACAAAUCCAAGAACAACUAGUCCUCAUUUCGGACUUCCAAAUUCGUCUGGAUGAACAACGCAUCAGGGCCGACAACAUCGAAAAGCAAACCAACACUUCUUUCGAAUUGAAAAUCUACGAUCUUCAGUAUGAAAUUACGUCGCUGCGCGAAAAAUUACAGCAGAAAGAAAAGGCUCUCGGCAACCAACAGGUUUUGUUGACCGAAACGCAAGAUCGAUUGAGGAAUAUCGAAAACGAGUUGAUUACAUCCAAAGACGACGAACUAAUAGUGUCGAUGCAGCGAGAAGUUGAAAAAUUGCGGGCCGAUAACGCUAAAAUGAAGACCAAGAUUAAGAGCGAUGCCAGCAUGCUGCCGAAUUUGGUCGGGAACAUCAUUUCCGAUAAGAACACCGAUAUGGCGCGGUUGCGAUCGAGAUUGGACGAUACCGAGAAGUUGUUGGAAGAGUAUACGUCUUUGAAAUUGGAUAAAAAGGAUCUAAAAACGUUGGCUAGUAUGAAAAGCAACGGUACCAGCUUGGAAGAGCUCUUCAGCAUACUAGAUUUGAGCCAGGCCGAUCAACUUAGAAGGAUGGAGUACAGUACAAUGAGUACACCGAGUAUGUUUAUCCAAAGAAAGAAAAAAUCCGAUGAUAGCGCAGUGGAACCGGAAAUAUCAGCGAUAGCGGGUCCCGGGACGACCGCAUCCCAAUUCCAAACUAGAAAUUCCACCGAAAUAUCCCACAAAAAGGUCCAUUUCGAAGAUGGUGAUGUCGAAGAUUUAAAAACUGAAAUCGAGAAUUUAAAGAAACUAGUAGAAAGCAAAGAUGACGUAAUCAAAGAAUACGACGCCAAACUGACGCUCUUGAACGACCUUGAAGGCAAAAUCGAAAAAUUGCAAUCGGCACUAGAAGAAACCGAAAAAACACUGACCGCCGCCAAAGAAACGUUCGAAAAGGAGCAGCAAGAGCUGAAGGACAGAGAAAAAGACUUGGGAGUGCAAUUAGCCGAGAAGAAACUGGCAUUGGAGAUGAAACAAAAGCAGUUGGAGGUUUUGGAAUGCGAUUCGAAGCGUAAAGACGAAACGCACAAAAAUCUAACCAGGGAAUUGAAGAGUUUGGAAAAGGAAAUCGUGACGUUAAAGAACGCAAACUUUAAGAAUGUUGAUCGCGCCAUCCAAGUAAAAAAUAAGGAGAUAGAAGACUUGACAGUGCAGUUGGCACGCAAAGCUAAUGUAGACAUUGAAAGAUUGGAACAACAAUUGUCUGAGAAGAAUAAUGAAAUGUCUUCUUUAUUAAAAGAAAUCGAACAGCUUACGAUCGACUUGGGAUCUUCCGAAUCCCGAAACAAACUCCUAGAAGCUUCGCUGACAGACAAAGACAACGAAAUGAAAAAAAUGAACAAAGAACUGGAGAACAAGAUGACGCAAAUCGAAUCUAUGACCGGCGAACUCACCGCGCUCAAAGAGAAGUUGAACAAGAAGCGAAAGAUCAUUAGGGACAUCCAGGACGCGAUGGAUAAUCAAAAGAAAUCGUUGGAAUCGAUGCAGGAGGAUCAGAAAAAACAGCGGGAAACUAUCGAUAUCCUGAACGAAGACGCGGAUCGAUAUCAAAACGAUAUAUGUAUUCUGAAAACAGAAAUUAAAGAACUGAAAAAAGAAGAAUUGAAGAAGCAAAUGGACGAGAUGGAAACGCAAAUCGAGGAAUUGAACAAGGAACGCGCUCACUUGAUGGAUCUGCUCAAUGAGAAAGAGAAAAUCAUCAGUCAGAUGGCCGAGGACAGCCAUCAGCUGCACGUCAAUCUCAUGACGAUUAAAACUAAAAUUAAGGAACCCGGGAAUAUCAUAGACUUGGGCAACAAGCUAAGAGACGAACAACGCAAAACCGCUGAACUCGUCCAAGAAAUCCACAAUCUAAAAGCUCAAUUGAUGCAGUUCAAAAACAAUGACAUGACUUCGUCCAUAGAUGAAAUCGCCGAUCAGUUAAAGAGGGAGCUCGACCAUUCCAAUCGAAUGGAUUCGAACAUUCUUAGCGCCGUUAGCGACCAAAGUUUGAAUUCCAUAUCGGACAUGCACGACGUCGAAGUUUGCAAGAAAGCUCUUUCUAAGGAGAAAAACAACAAGAAACAACUUCUACAGCAUGUGCACAUACUCCAAUCGAAGAUAGCGGCGCUUCAAGUCGAUUUGGAGCGAGAACGUGCCGCUUUGGUGCAAACCAGAACAGAAGACGCUCAAUGCAUCGAACAGCUCAGAAUCCAAUUGGACUCUUGUUUAGAUAGCGAAGCGGGUUACAAGAAGAUAUUCGAUGAAAAGAACGCCGAAAAUGAGCGGCUGGAGAAAGAAGUGAACGAAUUGAAGGUGAAGAACGCUCAGAAUUCUAAAUCAGAAUCGACGGAAUACAAGCAACUUCCGAGCAAAGAAGCCGUCGAAUUGAAACAGUUGCGUAAGGAUUUCGAAACGUUGCAAGGCGAGAAGAAUCAACUGGCCAACGAAUUGUCCCACUUGAAACAAUCGAAUCUCGAAACGGAAUCCGGUUACAAGUGUACCAAAGAUAUUUUAGCUUUGGAGGUGCAGAGGAAGAACAAGCUGGAAGAGAAGGUGCAGAAUUUUUUGGCCCGAGAGAAGGAGUUGAAAGAUUGUUUGAUGCAAAAGAAUCUCGAGAUGGAGCGAGUCGUGGACGAAAUGUCCCAAGAAAAGGCCGAUCUAAUUAAGCAAAAACUCGAAUUGCUGGAAAGGAUCAAAUCGCAGAAUCAAUUCAGCGUCCAAGCACCGCCGUCGACACCGUCGCCGUCCGAAUUUUUCUUCAAAGUUCAAGAGCUGAACAGCGCGCUCAUCGACAACAAGAAAUUUAUGGAUUUGAUCGCGAAGCUAACCAACGAGAAAAAGCAGUUGGAGAUCGAAUUGGACGUGGCUAAAAAUGGCAGCAACAGAAACGCGAACGUACAAAUGUCCACUAACGAUUUAAUAGCCAGGGCCGACUAUCUGUUUGCGAAAACGCUGAAAUUGGAAAGCGUUAGAAAGGCUUUGAUAUUCCAAAAGCGUUAUCUCAUGCAGUAUCUGACGUCCCACCAAAAGGAAUGCCCCAUCAGUGCCUUACCCGAUCCCGUCGUCCAGAGGCGGCAAUUCCGAUUAGAAUUUACGCUGAAACACCGAUUCAGAGCUGCCGCUUUCGUCGUCAUCUCGCUUAUCCGAAUGAAGUACUUGGUGCGCAGGUGGCACAGCGGCGUACGCAUAGCAGAGAAAAUCAACGCGCGUCACUUUAAAAACGCAUCGAGACGCAGCGUUGCUCUCGCCCACGCGCAAUCGAGUCCCGCUCAUUUCCAAGUGGGCCAACCGGUGUCCAGUCAGCUCUUCGCCAAUUUACCUACAACUGCUACAGUGGCUCCGACGCGCAAUCUCAAUCCGUUUAUUAUAGAGGCCGAAAAAAUUGAUGAGGAGAGAGGAUCGUUUACAAGCGAAGAUAGGUGGUCGGUGAGAGAGGGGAGAACUGAGGGAGGACCGUGGUCUGGAAACACACCCCCGUCUAAGGAGAAGCUGAAUCGAAUGAACUUUAGGUCCACAGAAUCAAACCGUGACGAUAUCACACCGCUGAGGGCGCCACAAUUGCUGGCUCAGUUCGUGGAGCGAUUCGAUCAAAUGCAGGAGAAAUUGGGUUUCGUCGUGGAAUCAAAUUCCUCUUAG